CCAAAAAUAUCGUCAAUUCCACGAUAAUCGAAUAUAUGAACUGAUGGCACAGCGGGUCUCUAAGAACCGCUAAGCGACGUACUAUCGAUAGUACCAUCGAUUGUUUGCAGCUCUAGCGGCCGCCCGCUUGUGUGCCGACCACUUUGUUCCAAUAAUUUCCGCAUACAUUUCAUGAAUAUAUAUUAACAAUUAACUGUGAUUUGUGCUACAAACAAAAGGCAAGUAAACAUUAAGUACACGAAGAAAGCCAAAAGAGCAUGUGAAUAAAGGAGACACAAUUAAUCAAUUGCCAAAAAGGAAAACAACUCAAGAAGUGUGAGAAAGAGAGCGCGACAGGCCAGAAUUUUGCAGUGUUUUGCAGUCCGACAGCGACGUAAAAGUUAAUCAGAAUUGUUGCAAAGGCACCUACCUAGAGAGGGAGAGAGUGAAGAAAGGCCGACCCACCUACAAAGACUGUAAGCACGUCCAAUUCCAGUCCAAGUGAAGCAGCAGCAGCAUGUCUUCGACUCCAGCCGCUGCAAGUGGCAGCAGCACCACCAGCUCCAGCGCCGUGACUGUGGCAGCCACAGCUGGCGUGGGCAGCGCCGCCAAUGCCAGCUCCAAUGCCAGUGUGAGUGGCGGCAGCAAUUUGAAUAAUGCGUCAGGUGGCACGCCAGGACGUGGCCGUGGUGCGAAUACGAAUGGUGGCAAUGCUGGCGGUGGUGUCGCCUCGGGCAGCAAUAAUUCGACUGCUGGCAGUGAUGAGCCACGUAAGGAUGCCAAGCCAAACCCUAGAAUAUCAAAAGCUUUGGGUACCUCGGCCAAGCGCAUACAGAAGGAGCUCGCGGAGAUCACACUAGAUCCACCGCCGAACUGCAGUGCAGGGCCGAAGGGAGACAAUUUGUACGAAUGGGUAUCAACAAUUCUGGGACCACCCGGUUCGGUAUAUGAGGGCGGCGUGUUUUUCCUCGACAUACACUUCUCGCCCGAAUAUCCAUUCAAACCGCCCAAAGUCACAUUUCGCACACGCAUCUAUCACUGCAAUAUCAAUAGUCAAGGCGUGAUCUGCUUGGACAUACUGAAGGACAAUUGGUCGCCGGCCUUGACCAUAUCAAAGGUGUUGCUCUCGAUAUGUUCCCUGCUCACAGAUUGCAAUCCUGCCGAUCCGUUGGUGGGCAGCAUUGCUACGCAAUAUUUGCAGAAUCGAGAGGAGCACGAUCGAAUUGCGCGUCUUUGGACAAAGCGGUACGCAACAUGAUGCGUAAGCUCAGCAUCCAUUACGUACCACAAACUGCAACAAAAAACGAAAAUUCGCAUGCAAAAGAAAAGUCUAUUUUAUAAAUAUAUAUUAAAAUACACUAACUAUUAAAUUAACGAUUAAUUAUAAUAUGUAUAACAAGAAAAAAGCAGAGUAAAGUUUAUAAAGUCGUUUGAAUAGACCAUACCAUUCAAAAUUUAAAUGUUCGCUACGAUUUCAAUUAACGCAAAAUUGUAAAAUAUUUUCAAACCCAUUUCGGUUCAUUUGCUAUGGAAUUUAGUUUCGGCUUAGCAAUUAUUCAACAAUUAAUUAUUAGCAUAUUUACUACCAAUAUUUAAACAGAGAACUCAACUCAACCGUCAUAUGUAAAACACAUUGGCAUCUUAACUAAAUAUCGAACUGCAUACAUCAUUAUUAAUACAAUUAGUUUACAUUAUGUGUACAGUGUUAAGUGAAAAGAGCUAAAGAUAAAAACACAAAAAGAAUGGUCAACAAAGCCUAAUUAAACAAAAUACAAAUACAUUA